AUGAUCGGAUUUCUCGAGCAGUUUGCCGCGCUGGAGGUCAUCGACCAUGUGCUCAUGCUGGACAAGCGCAAGAUCAAGUCGCUCAAAUUCGCAUCCGUGUGUGCGCGGGCUUUUGACCACUACGUCCUCGGCGCCAAGUUGUACCUCUCGGGAUCACGCGACGCCAUCGAAGCCAUUACAGCAUCCCUCCAAGGCGCCCUGUUCCCGAAACGCAGCGGACCCCGCACGGUCACGACGACCACACUCGAGUGCCCGCUGUGCCUCUGCGACCCCAUGUUUGGGAGCCAGGAUACGAAGCUACCUCUGAAAUGCCCUCGGGACGGGUGCGAGGCUGCCUUGAGUGUCGAAGACUUCCUGAAGCUUGUGCCGCCGUCGCAACUCGAGGGCUUGGCCGAGAAGGCCGUCGAGCUCUACCGAGUGCAACACGAAGACGCCUUCUCGCUGUGCCUGCAGCCGGGUUGCAACCAAGUGUUCCGCAUUGCAGCAUACAAGAAAGGAAAGCAAGGAGGAGAUCUCGCCGUGUGCGACAACUGCGAAAAGACGUACUGCAUCACGUGCUCCGACAAGUUGGCGACGCCCGCCGACGAGCACCCGGCGGUCACGUGCCAGCUCUAUCAGCUCAGCGUGAACCCGACGGUAACCGACCACGCCCGUCGCAUCUGCAACGAGAUCCUGACGCUCGCAUGUCCGAAAUGCAAGGCAGCAUUCCUCGACUUCUCCGGCUGCACGUGCGUCACGUGCGGCAACACCAACUGCAACACCAAUUUCUGCGCCAACUGCCUCGCCUACCACGACUUGGACAGCGGUGCCUGCCACAGCCAUGUGCGUAGCUGUCCAUCAAAUCCAAACCAAGGCGACUACUUUGUAUCGGCCCAGCAGCUGCAGGCAACACACGCCAGCGCGCGCAAGAAGCAAACGGCCGCUUACCUGACGCGUGCCACGGUCGCCGGCGACGAACGACGCGGCGUGUGGCAGAUGAUCGAGCGCGAUCUGGCGGACCUCGGCGUUCACUUCACCACGCAGGAACUCGCCCAGCUUUGCAUUUCCUAA